CUGCGUUAACUUUAUCUGGUUAUGGAGUGGAGUCGAUUAUUUUUGUUGAAGAAAAGGUUGCACUACACAAUGGAAGUUCAUGGCCAGAUUCUCUUCUUUCAUUCUUGAAAACUUGAUCGAGUUUCACCUUCUGGGUCAUCGUGAAAUCUCCAAAAAUGGGUACCCCAGAAGCAGAGGAAGAGCUUGUCAAGAAGAUAGAACGUUUAGAAGCUGGUCACGUUCACCUCAAGCAAGAAAUGUCCAAGCUCAAGCUCUCUCAACGCCGCAGGUCUCACUCCGUCUCACCGCAGCGUUCACGCCUCGCUGGUGGUGGCGGUGCUGCUAACAAAGCUCCUUCUUCUCCUCUGCAGAGAGAGAGUCGCGGUGGUGGUGGUGGUGGUCAAAAUGGUGGCAAGUAUCUCAAUAUCUUGCAGUCAAUGGGUCACUCUGUUCAUAUACUUGAUCUUCAAUGUCGUAUCGUGUACUGGAACCCUAGUGCUGAGAAUCUGUAUGGUUAUGCAGCAGCUGAAGUUCUUGGCCAUGAUGGGAUUGAGGUGGUGGUAGACCCUAGAGAAAUUGCAUUAGCUAAUGAUAUAUUCAACCGUGUGAAAAUGGGAGAGAGUUGGACUGGUAAAUUCCCUGUGAAGAAUAAGAUGGGGGAGAGUUUCAUUGCUGUGGCAACUAAUACACCUUUCUAUGAUGAUCAUGGAAGCUUGGUUGGUGUUAUUUGUGUCUCAAGUGAUUCAAGACCCUUUCUUGAAACAAGAGUUCCCUUGUCAGGAGGGAAGAAUGCAGCACCAGAUUUAGGUUCCAACUUUCCUAGAAGUGGGAGUACAAGUAAACUAGUCCUUGACUCUCAGCAGCCACUUCAAGUUUCUCUAGCAUCAAAAAUUUCAAAUUUGGCAUCGAAGGUGAGUAACAAAGUUAAGUCUAGGAUGCGGACUCGAGAUAAUAAUGUUGAUGGAGGAGAAGGUGGGAGUGGAGAAAGUCAAUAUUCUGAGCAUAAUGUUCCUUCUGACCAGAGAGAGGAUGUGAAUUCCAGUGGAGCUAGCACACCCAGAGAAGGGGUGCCACAGUCUCCUUUUGGUGUAUUUUCUCAAGUUGAGGAGAAAUCCCAAGGAAAAAACUUGAGGGACUCUGUUGAUGAGAAUGAAGGAAAACCUAUUCGCAAGAUCAUAACUUCUAAGGCUGAAGCAUGGAUUCAAAAGAGAACAAUGUCAUGGCCAUGGAGAGGAGAUGAUCGGGAAGAAUCCGAGGGAAAGAAUGUCGGCGUUGCUUGGCCUGGGUCACAGGGUGAUCAAGAAAAAGAGACAGUUAACCAGAGAAACUUAUCUGUCAGGUUGAAGCCAGAAAGCCAGGCAGUUGAAAGUAAUCAACCUGUUAAUAAUGAGGCUUCAGGAUCCUGGUCCUCCUUCAAUGUUAAUAGCACAAGCAGUACCAGCAGCUGUGGGAGUGGCAGCAGUUCUGCUGCCAAUAAUAAGGUGGACAUUGACACUGAUAGCUUGGAUUAUGAAAUUUUGUGGGAUGACUUGACAGUGGGAGAACAAAUUGGGCAAGGUUCUUGUGGAACUGUGUAUCAUGCUCUGUGGUAUGGAUCAGAUGUUGCCGUCAAGGUUUUCUCAAAGCAAGAGUACACAGAUGAUGUGAUACUGUCCUUCAGACAAGAGGUAUCUGUCAUGAAAAAACUUCGCCAUCCAAAUAUCCUUCUCUUUAUGGGGGCAGUGACUUCACCUCAACGUCUAUGCAUUGUAACAGAGUUUCUCCCACGUGGAAGCUUGUUCCGUUUGCUCCAGAGGAAUACUUCUAAAUUUGACUGGAGACGGCGAGUUCUUAUGGCCUUAGAUAUUGCUCGAGGUGUAAAUUAUCUUCAUCAUUGUCACCCACCUAUUGUCCAUCGAGACUUGAAGUCUUCAAAUCUUCUAGUUGAUAAGAACUGGACUGUCAAGGUUGGUGAUUUUGGUCUUUCACGUCUUAAGCAUGAGACGUAUCUCACAACUCGGACAGGAAAGGGCACGCCUCAAUGGAUGGCGCCUGAAGUUCUUCGUAACGAACCCUCUGAUGAGAAGUCUGACGUUUACAGCUUUGGGGUGAUAUUGUGGGAACUUGCGACUGAAAAGAUCCCUUGGGAUACUCUCAACACAAUGCAGGUUAUUGGAGCUGUUGGUUUUAUGAACAAUCGGCUAGAAAUUCCAGAAGAUGUUGAUCCACAGUGGGCUUCUAUAAUAGAGGGUUGCUGGCAAAGCGAUCCAGCUUGCCGACCAAGUUUCCGGGAACUGUUAGAUAGGCUUAGAGAACUGCAGAGACGGUACGCCAUUCAGUUCCAGGCAGCCAGAUCUAAUGGUGGGGAAGGCGCCCAAAAGGAUUCAUAGCCACUCUCUUAGAUUGUUUCUUUUGGUCACUCAAAGCUUGAUGCUUAAUGAUUCUUUUGCAUACAUUUACAAAACCCGCCUGAUGAGUAAAUGAGUUGGUACUAUCAGGCUGGUGCUGGAUUCCUCGCGACAUUACCAGUUGAAUUCUUGUUCAUCAACGUCUUCUCAGGUAUCAUACAUCAUACAAGAGAAUGACAGAAAAAAAGGGGCUGGAGGUAGAGAAUGAAAACAAGUAGGAAAAGGGUUUCCAAACUAUUUGUCAUUUUGAUUUUAUGUUUCCUCAAUAGCUCUGUUGUAAUUUUAUAUGGAAGAUGGCCUGUACAGCAGGUAGGAAGGGGGGGGGGGGGCAGAAGAGCUUUCAUUUUGCUACAAAAGAGCUUUGAAAGUUCAUAUAGUUUGAGAUAGUUAGAUAAACUUGUUAUAAAGUACUUUCAGAAAAAGUAAAGUUGAAAUUAUGUUGUAAGUAUUUAGUCUUAAUAAUAGCUUGCUAAGUUGAAAUCAA